ACAUAGUUGUUCUCAUCCCAGACAUCAGACGACAUACUAUUUCGGAAAGUUUAUUCAAAAAAGUUGAUCUAUUGUAAUUUUAAAGGUCGUAGAAAAUUGGCAAAGAAACAACAUUUUUAAAGAAGACGAUGAAUUGUUUAAAAGCAGUUAUUUUAUUAUGGACCUGCAUCAUAGCUUUCCAUGCAUCGGUGACCGCCAUUGUGGUUGAUGAUUACAAUAUAAGUGCAAUAUCAAUUAAUUCUAUUGGAGGUUUAUAUAAAACUGUUGAUGUAUACUUUAACCGUAUACGUAAUAAAGAGAACCAGGAUGAAUUUGAUGAAAUCUUCAAGACUCCAGAAGCUCCUUAUGGACCAGAACAACAUAUAAUUGGAUUUUUUGAUAAAAAGAUGAUGCUUGAUAUGGACAUGCCAAAUCCAUCUAAGAAAAAUGCAGGUCUAAACAGAACAUUACUGGAGUUAACAGAAAAGCUAUUACAAUUCAAUCCAUCACAAAAAGAAAUGUCUACGAAACUAAUAGAAGAAUAGGUAUUCAUUACUUCCAACAUUUUUAAACAAUUAUUUACAUUAACAUACAAUUAUUAUGAUCAGUUGUAAACUUCUGUAUUGCUAAAUAAUAUAAUAUUUGUUUUUGGUUAUUUCAAAAGCUGAAGUUACAUCAUUUUAUCAUAUUAAGUUACAUCUCUUUUAAGAGAUAAUUUUUUAUUAUAUUGACAAUCACUCAAUAGUUUUUCACAUUUUACUUCUUCGAUGUGCAAUAACUUUAAAAAUUUUACAAUGAUGCG